CUCAACGGCUUCUACUGCGACCGCUUCAACAAGAUGAUGCCUCCGACAUAUUCAGAAUUCGAUCACUAGAUGCUGUCAUGAAGUGGACGUACGACGACUGUAUAUAGUCCCAAAUCGCUGGAUAAUGUAUUGACGAGGUUCACAGUUCAAGCAUGCCAAAUACUGAGUUGAGACAAACGCAAGAAUGGGUUGAUAUGAUCCUGGACAGGGUCAAAAAUGGGCGGGCAUUCAAUUUUACAAUUCAACUCAAGUCUACCUCACCUUCUCAGGAAGAAGACGAGGUCCUCUUGCAGAAUCGUACAACCCAGAAUCGUCUAGCAAAGGUAAUUGGCCUCGUGGGCGCUCCCAUGAUCCCGGAAGUUGGUUAUAUUUUGCAUCCAGCCCACUGGGGGCAAGGAUACGCGACGGAAGCACUGCAGGCUUUCCUUCGGUUAUAUUGGAAAGUGAUCCCGCCUGGCCAGCAAGAAGGAGGAUAUGACUAUGCUGAAGCACACGCAGAUCCUGAAAACGUAUCCAGUAUCAAAGUUUUGAGGAAAUGUGGGUUCAGCUUUAUAGAGAAACGUGAAAAAGACGUGGAAUUACCGCUCAUGGGAGUGAGGGAUACAGCGGUAUUCCGAGUUGCGAGACCAAAAAGAGUCACACAGCAAUCUACCUCGGAAGACUGAUAAACUCAGGGGCGGUUAUUUUCACACUUGAGUCACGAGACAGCUCCACAUGCAAGAGUCAUAGCUGAUAUCUGCACGAUAUUGAUUAAAAAUGGGAAAGAAGAAAGGAAAGCUUUUAGAAACAAAUAUGGAC